AUGUGCAUCGUUCUACUCACUACCACCCACCCGGACUAUGCCCUCAUCGUUGUCGACAACCGGGACGAGUUUAUCCUCCGCCCAACGUCCCGCCCGCACUGGUGGACUCAUCCUUCCGGCGCCACUGUCCUCUCUGCCCGCGACCUUCAAAGAGCGGAGAAGGGCACCUGGCUCGGCAUCACCAAGACCGGCCAACUCGCAGUCCUCACCAACUACCGCGAGACAGAUAUACAGGAUGCCAACCACCCCAUUCACGCUGCCCGCAGCCGCGGAGGCAUGGUCACCGCCUGGCUGGGAUUCGAUCCCGCAGAGCCCGCCCCAACAUCGGUCAAUCAUCUCGUCAAGGAUGGGGGUGUGAAGGGCGUCGGCGGUUUCUCCAUGGUGGCUGGCAAACUGAAGCGAAAGCGUGGUACCGACGAAAAGCCUGAACAUGCGCUCGAGGGCAUCGCCAUUAUCUCCAAUCGGUGUGACGAACUGCAAGACGUACCGUGGAUCGGAGAGCAGCGAGGUGAGGUUUACGGUCUCAGCAACACCGUGUACGAUGAUCCUAAGCCGUGGCCCAAGGUUGAGAAUGGAAAACGUUUGAUCAAGGAGGCCAUCCAGGAAGCUGUCUCGAACAAUUUGGACGAGGAUGCUCUAGCUGAGCGCCUGUUCAAAGUCCUGGACACCGAUACGCUGCCCAAGCACCCAGAUAUGAGCUUGUCGGACUACAUCAAGGAGUUGAAGCAAUCCAUCUUCGUGCCGGCCCUGGGCGACGAGAGUCACCGCAAAGCCAUGGAAGAGGCAGUCUCCAGAGGCCCGGGUCAAUGGGCUACGGAUGACCAAAAGGCAGCCGAAGGCCUGCAGCUGGGUGAACGACCCGAUCCUCCUGCCCAAGGCACCAUGGGCUUCGAGGUGGGGUUGUACGGGACACAGCGGCAAACCAUCAUCAUGGUUGACUGGGAUGGCAACGUGACAUAUCGCGAGAGAGCAUUGUGGGACGGCAAUGGCAACGUUAUUAAAAGAGGCCAGGGUGACGAGGUAUUCAAGUUCAAGAUUGAGGGAUGGGAGAACUGAAGUGUCUGGCUCGCAUCGAGACGUUACUAGAUGUAAAGGGUCCUGCAUCAUCAAUGUCGGCGCUGGAAGUCGUUCUUGCCCUACGCAUCAUGACACGGCAUAGUUUAAUGAAGUAAAGAUUUAUGAGCACUUUUCAGCCACAGUGAGAGCGAUGAUUAGAGAGGGAAGUGACGCUUGGUAAACACACCAAGAUGCGGCAGAGGCUGCCUCCGCCACCUGUGGUGGCAUCAACAUCACGGCAGGGGCGUCAGGAGAACUUAACGAUGAUGGCAAUGAUAACAGAAC